GAAGGAGCCUGCCGUGAGGGCUCCCUCCGAAGCGCAAGCCUCCGCGGGGCCACCCUUACCCAGCCUGGCCCUGAAGACAGAAUGAGGGGGAUUUUCUGCCUCCAGGUCCUGCUCUUCCUACUGCUUCUGGGUGCUGCUGGGACACUGGAGUCUGCAGCCUGCGGGCAGCCGCUCUUGUCGAGUAGGAUCAUCGGCGGCCAGGAUGCCCAGGACGGAGAGUGGCCGUGGCAGGCGAGCGUCCAGCACCGCGGGGCGCACGUGUGCGGGGGCUCGCUCCUCGCCCCGCGGUGGGUGCUGACGGCGGCGCACUGCUUCCCCAGGCGGGCGCUGCCGUUCGAGUACCGCGUGCGCCUAGGCGCGCUGCGCCUGGGGCCCGCCUGGCCCCGCGCGCUCUCGGCGCGCGUGCGGAGGGUGCUGCUGGCCCCCGACUACUCCGAGGACGAGGCCCGCGGCGACCUGGCGCUGCUGCAGCUGCGCCGCCCGGUGCCCCUGGGCGCCCGAGUCCAGCCCGUCUGCCUCCCGGAGCCCGGCGCCCGCCCUCCACGCGGCGCGCCCUGUUGGGUCACUGGCUGGGGCAGCCUCCGCCCAGGAGUGCCACUCCCAGAGUGGCGACCUCUGCAGGGAGUAAGGGUGCCGCUGCUGGACCCGCGCACCUGUGACCGCCUCUACCACAUGGGUACCGACGUGCCGCGCAGCGAACACAUAGUGCAGCCAGGGAAUUUGUGCGCAGGCUACCCUGAGGGCCACAAGGAUGCCUGCCAGGGUGACUCUGGGGGACCCCUGACCUGUGUGAUGUCCGGGCGUUGGGUCCUGGUGGGCGUGGUGAGCUGGGGCAAGGGCUGUGCCCUGCCCAACCGUCCAGGCGUCUAUACCAACGUGGCCACUUACAGCCCCUGGAUUCAGGCUCGCCUCACCCUUUGAUGCAGUGACACUGACCUGGAGCCAGAUCCUGGGGUCCCUCAGCUGCUGGGUUCCUCUGGGGACCUGCAUAUCCUAUCCCCAGCCCUGCCCUGCCCCUCUGCCCUGAGCCUCAAAAGCCUGGUAAAGCUGAGAGGCCAACCAUUCAUCCAUAUGUCCAUCCAGGGGUCUCACACUUCCUUCCCCACCUUCCCACUCAUAUUUACCCUUCUCCACUCUGCCAGGGCUAGGCCUGGGCACCCGGAGACGGGCGAGCGAGCUAGUGCCCCAUCUGGCCUGUGUGCCCCUCUUUUUCUGGAGGAGGUCAGGGAAAUCUGAAAUGUGGGAGGGACUCAAUGCCAAGAAGACGAGUCCGUUGCUGGCUUGGGGCGGGGGAGCAGCACAUGGCGUGGAGCUGUGAGCCGCCUCUGGACACCGAGGGCAGCUCCCAGGCACAGCCCGCAGGGAGGCAGACCGCCAGCCGCUGCAGCAAGGAACCAAACCCCACCAACACCCCGAAGGGCUGGGAAGCAAGUUCUCCCCUCAGCCUCCAGAUGAGAGCCCCAUCACACCAACACCCUAAGCAGAAACCAGUUGAGCUACCCAGAUUUCUGGCCCUCAGAGCUGCAAUUUAAUACAUUUGUGUUGUUUUAA